AGGAGGGUCCCGCAUGGCGCGCAGACCUCUCCUGCCGCCCGCUGCUCCCCUCAGCAGUGUGCUUCGGUCCUUCUGCCUGCUCUGCUCUCUGCUCUGGCUCUGGUGAAUUCUCUCACCCUCCCGCGCUUCUGACUGUGCCUAGUGCAUGUAUAAACAAAACAAACAAACAAACCAGCAAACAAAUAAAUAAAGCAUGCCUCUAUAAAAAAAAAAAAAAAAAAAAAAAAAAAAAAAAAAACAAAAAAAUUUCCCUAUCAGUGUUUGAAAUGGCAGCUCCUCUAAGCUCUCAAGAAUAUCAACUGGCGCUUUUCUGAAUCUGGAAGCUCCUGGAGGCAUCAGAGUGUCUGAGUCUCCACCUUCUGAGGAGUCGGGCCUGGAAUAGCUACAAGCAUGUGGGGAUCCCCAGCAGCCCCAGCUGCCAGGCUGAACCACGUGGCUGGGUGUGCACAUGGGUGCAGACUCGUAGGAGAGAAAGCAUUUAGGGAAAAAUCAGUUUGAAAUCACCCUGGAAAUGGAACUAGAUGCUCUUUUUGAGAUUCAUUCUGGGCCUUUUUUUCCUGAAAGCUGACGCCUCCAAGCUUUGUGGGAGGGAAUUAUCUGAUUUUCCAUCCCAUGUUCUUGUUCUGAAACCAGAAUCCUCCUACCCUAGGAAAGCAGUGGAGGUUCUGCUGAGGCUGUUAAAUUUGAAGAAAUGGGUACAGGCCCUCAAAUUUUUCUGGGUCAGAGAUAAGUAGGCCAAACAUUAAGGAAACAGGGGAGCCAUAGUCGAGGCUCUUAGCUGAGCCCCCAGUCUAGGUGUGUGAGGUUUUCCUCUUUUGGAAAGUGAGGGGUUGUUACAGCAUGAGGCCCUUAAGAAUGGACUACAGGGAAGCCUGAACUGUGACUAACAGCAAACAGCACAGACCCAUUCAGACUAAUGUGGUGGUGGUGGGGGGAUCAAUGGAAAAGGUUUGAGAAUGUCAGUGAAGGAUCCCUGCCCCACCAAGGACAACCAUUGACCCUCUGUACUCCAUCUGGUGGCACCACUGGGCCUGGAGCAGGUGCAUGACUGUGACAGGGCGGUGGCUGUCUUAGCCCCUCUGGUCACCAGCCAUGUGGCUUCCCCCUGAAAGGUUGUGAGGGGGAUUUUGUCUCAAGUUUGGAUAGGGUGGGAGGCAUCCAAAUUCUUGGAGAUUAGGUCUCUUAUAAGGUGUUUAAGUCAAAAGGGCUGAGGGGGUUCAUCACUUAGCAUGGACUUUUCUGACUAGAAAGGUCAGCAAGGACAUGGCUGGGACUUUAAAGGUGUCCCAUCCUCGUCAUGGUGAGGAGCAAACCCAGGACCACCUUUGUCAUCACCGACUACCAGUCCCUGUCUGGGCCUCGAUUCCUCAUCUGUCCAUGAGGGUUUGAUCACCAGCCUCCGAACUUUGGUUCUCUACUUGUCAGCCAGCAGGGCCCUUCCCAGAACUCCAGGCUGACCUGGCCACUGCCUCUUUCAGAAUUGCUGCCCAACAAUUGUGUGUCUAUUGGAAAAGUGGCUGGACAUGGCAGGACGACACAGGUGUUCCUGAGACAGCAGCUCAAGGGUCAGAGCCCAGAAGCCCCCUUGGGUGACUGUGCCUCAGAAGGGGUUGUUUCCAGUCCCUCCAUCGUCAGUUGGUCUCUAAAAUGUACAGCUAGAUCGCAAGUUCGAUCCCCAGCCAGGGAGCUGACCCACAUGGCGCAGCAGACCUCUCCUGUCUCGCCCGCUGCUCCCCUCAGCAGUGGAUUUCAGUAGAUCUGUCUGUUCUGCUCCCCACUUUGUCUUUGAUGAAUCCUCUCACCCUCCUCCCUACCUCUGGCUGGCACCCCAGUUCUAGUAUGCAUAAAUAAAUAAAUCUUUAAAAAAAAAAAUGUAUGGCUAGAGCCGAGUUAUCUGAGAAUAGGAAUUGCCUAAUCCUGCUCCCAGGUAUUGGCCAGAGCCCGUUUCCCAUUUUAAAAGUCUCCUGGGGCCAUGAAAGGCAUCAGGAGAAACGCGCCAAGCGCCAAACCCGUUCCUCUGCGUGCUGGGUGUGUUUGCCUCUCACCCAGCCUGUGGCAUCCUGGUCGGCUCAACACAGGAGUCUCUUUCUCCCUUUAGCCUAGUGCCCUACACACUUUGGCCCCCUGCAUCCCUGGAUUUUCCCUGCAGUGCAUUUAUUCCCCUGGGAAUGCCUCUAGGGCACAGGUAGCACAGAUGAAGCUGUGGGGUGGUGGGGGGAAAGAGGCUGGCGGUCCAACGAGGAAGGGAGCUGGGAGGCAUGUUCGGAAUCUUCAGACAUGUCUACACCUGAAGAUCCAACCAAGUAACAAGACCAAGCGGCCUCUCAGCUCUGUUCAAGUGGAAAAGCAACACAUUCUCAUGGACUGAUGGGCUGGUCUUGGGCUCUUUCCCCUGCCCCAUGCCAACUUGCCUUCCAGGGAGUCAGUUCCAGGCUGUAGGAACCCAGGGACCCAGCAGAGACCCAGACUGUGAUGGGCAAGAACUUGGAACUGAUGUCUGCUCUUUGCUUGAAUAACUCUGGAGGCCCAGCUGCAGCCCCAUCUCCAGGGGGCAACACAACCACCCCACUGCUCAUCUUCUGAAACCCCAUUCCCUGGGGCAUAUACUGGGCAUCACGUAAAACCUUCAGCAGGGUCUGGGCAGCUCCAAAAUCAAGCACAUUAAUAUUUCUGUAGCAAGACUUACCUACAGAAUCACAUAAGUGGGAUAAAGAGGCUAUAAAGAGUCCCAUGCCAGUUCAGGUCACUGGUUGGUGCUAACUGGGUUAGUCUUGUUGAAUUUCUAGCCAAUUGAGGUAGGAACACACACCUUUCGAUUUUCUGAUGUUUGAAGAUUUGGAAAUGCCACCAAGACUCUGCGGUCCUAUAUGGUCCUAAGAGGUGGGUAUUCAUUUUUCAUCUUAUAGAUGAGGAAGUUUGGGUGCAGAGAGGAUGCCUAGCUUGCCUGAGGCCAUUCAGCAGAUAGAUAGGUGACUGAGCAGGGAUCCAGCCCGGGUCUGGCUGCCUCCAGAGCCAGGCUACUUCCUCUGAGUUCUGGCACAUUUUACUCUCCAGGCGUGAGGGCGGGGAGUUGGGAGUGGGGCUGGGAAGCUCCGGCUUUGGCAUCUUUCCCGUAAGGGAGGCACUUUCUGCACAUCUGAUAGGGAUCAUUCAUUGGCUUGUUCUUAUUUCUACAUUGAUUCCUGGGGUCCCAGAAGGCAAAAGGCUCAGGAGAGAGGAAGCGAAAGUUCAGUCAACUUUGUGGCUUACAAACAGAAUCCAGUUGGCUUUGUGGGGGCUGUCAGCGCCAAGAACAAACGGGGUCAAGCUGGGUUGAGUGAGAGAAGCAUCAUCUGUAGUGGAAAUAACCCCUGUGCAGAAGCAAAGGAAUGCAGGAUUUGACUUCCUGCCUCCCGCCCACCGCCUGGCGGCGGUGGUCCCGCCUCAAGUAGGGACCAGCCUUGAGAAAAGGGCGAUCUGGAAGGAUCAUGAACCCCAGAUGCAGAUGGGAGUGAUGUGCAGCUGAAGUGGAGAAUUCAAUUAGGGACUCUCACUGGUCUUCAUUAGUGAUGGGGAAAGGUCAGAGGAAGUGCUAAUUCAAUCUGCUGAAGACACGCCACGCGCUUUUAGUACUUGACUGGAAAGAUGGAUAUUGGUCAGUUGUCUUGGCAAUGGCGUAGAUAAGCUCCCCGCCCCCUCUCCCGCCAAGUGCUCUCGUGGCCGACCGUCACUUCCAGGUCAUCGCUAAGUCAGGCAAGAUGUGGACCCUUACUGCUCAAGCGCUGGCGACCACGGGAGCCAGUCACAGCCACAAUGAAAGACGGACCACGUUUCUCCACCCAGUGACAGGACAGGUCCCAGAGGAAAACAAAAAAUUUGACUUGAAAACAUCGGCCUUGGACAUGUCCAAUAAAGCAGGUGGGAAGCGGGUGGCGACUGCCAACAGCGACCUAGCCAACCACAGCAUGGUGUCCGAGGUCCCUCCGGAGCGGCCCAAUGUCCGGGCAACCCGAACAUCCCGGAAGGCCAUCGCCUUUGGCAAACGCUCACACUCCAUGAAGAGGAACCCCAAUGCGCCUGUCACCAAGGCGGGUUGGCUUUUCAAGCAGGCUAGCUCUGGGGUCAAGCAGUGGAACAAGCGCUGGUUUGUCCUUGUGGAUCGCUGCCUCUUCUAUUACAAAGAUGAGAAGGAGGAGAGCAUCCUGGGCAGCAUCCCGCUCCUGAGCUUCCGGGUGGCCGCAGUGCAGCCCUCAGACAACAUCAGCCGGAAACACACCUUUAAGGUGACUGUGUGCAGGGUGGACGAGACUCGGGCAAGUUCCACGUACUGCCUCUCCCCACAGGCUGAGCAUGCCGGGGUCCGCACCUACUUCUUUAGCGCCGAGAGCCCUGAGGAGCAGGAGGCCUGGAUCCAGGCCAUGGGGGAGGCUGCCCGAGUCCAGAUCCCCCCGGCCCAGAAGUCAGUGCCUCAAGCUGUGCGUCACAACCACGAGAAGCCAGACUCAGAGAACAUCCCGCCCAGCAAACUCCACCAUCAGACACCCCACAACAGCCUCGCCAAGUCUGAACCCGAGGCCAAGACUCGAGGGGAGGGCGAUGGCCGAGGCUGUGAGAAGGCAGAGAGGAGGCUGGAGAGGCCGGAAGUCAAGACUGAGCCUCUGGUGAAAGCGAACGGCAUUCAAACUGGCCCAGAAGCCGUCUCAGAGCCGGGCAGCCCUUACCCCGAGGGCCCAAGGCUUCCAGGGGGUGGGGAGCGGCCUGUCCAGCCCAACGGUUGGCAGUAUAGCUCCCCAAGCCGGCCUGGGAGCACAGCCUUCCCACCUCAGGAUGGGGAGAAUGGGGGACACCGACAGAGCUUCCCGCCACGUACCAACCCUGACAAAAUCGCCCAGCGCAAGAGUUCCAUGAACCAGCUGCAGCAGUGGGUAAACCUGCGCCGGGGGGUGCCCCCACCCGAUGACCUUCGCAGCCCCUCUAGGUUCUACCCUGUGUCCCGAAGGGUCCCUGAAUAUUAUGGCCCCUACUCCUCCCAGUACCCCGACGAUUACCAGUACUACCCCCCAGGGGUGCGGCCGGAUAGCAUCUGCUCCAUGCCAGCCUACGACCGGAUCAGUCCACCCUGGGCCCUGGAGGACAAGCGCCUCUCCUUCCGGAACGGGGGUGGCCCUGCCUACCAGCUGCGGGAGUGGAAGGAGCCUGGCGGCUACGGGCGGCAGGACGGCACCGUCUGGGUGCCCAGCCCCUCCCGGCAGCCUGUGUACUAUGACGAGCUGGAUGCCGCCUCCAGCUCCCUGCGCCGCCUGUCCCUGCAGCCCCGGUCCCACUCUGUGCCCCGCUCGCCCAGCCAGGGCUCCUGCAGCCGUGCUCGCAUUUACUCCCCUGUCCGCUCGCCCAGUGCCCGUUUUGAGCGGCUGCCGCCCCGCAGCGAGGACAUCUACGCAGACCCUGCUGCCUACGUGAUGAGGCGAUCCAUCAGCUCCCCCAAGUAUGAUUACCUGGGAGACAGGCGGCCAGUCCCUGCAGGACUGUUCCCCUACAACUACCCACCAUCCCCCACGGUCCACGAUAAGAUGAUGAGUGAGAGUGAGACACUCAUCAGUAUGGUGAACCGCAUGGUGGAGAACUCCUCCCCCAGGGCCCAACUCUUCAUGCAAGUCCCUCCGUACCCAGAAGUGUUCCGGGACAGCCUCCACACCUACAAGUUAAACGAGCAAGACACAGAUAAGCUGCUGGGCAAAUUGUGUGAGCAGAACAAGGUGGUGAGGGAGCAGGAUCGGCUCGUGCAGCAGCUCCGAGCUGAAAAGGAGAGCCUGGAGAGCGCCUUGAUGGGGACCCACCAGGAGCUGGAGAUGUUCGGGAGCCAGCCUGCCUACCCCGAGAAGCUGCUGCACAAGAAGGAGUCCCUGCAGAACCAGCUCAUCGACAUCCGAGUGGAGCUGUCACAGGCGACCACGGCCCUGGCCCACAGCACCACAGAGUACGAGAACCUGGAGGCCGAGGUCUCUGCCCUGCAUGAUGACCUCUGGGAGCAGCUCAAUUUGGACAAUCAGAAUGAGGCACUCAACCGGCAAAUCCAGAAGGAGAUCUGGAGGAUCCAGGAUGCCAUGGAGGGGCUGAGGAAGAAUAACCCAUCCCGGGGCACAGACACGGCAAAGCACAGAGGAGGACUUGGCCCCUCAGCCAGCUACAGCUCCAACAGCCCUGCCAGCCCACUCAGCUCCGCCAGUCUCACCAGCCCCCUGAGCCCCUUCUCACUAGUGUCUGGCUCCCAGGGUUCUCCCACCAAACCUGGUUCCAAUGAGGAACCUGGCCCACCAAGGCCUCCCCUUCCCAAAGCCUACGUCCCCCUGGAGUCUCCUCCAACUGUGCCUCCACUCCCUAGCGAGAGCCGCUUCUGGCCAUACCCCAACUCCCCUUCCUGGCACCGCAGUGGCGAGACAGCCAGGGGUCAGCAAAGCAAGAAAGACUCCCACCAGGCCUCACCCCUGGACACCUCUAGAGACAUCAGCCUCAUGCCCACCAGGCAAGAGGUGGAGCUGGAGAAGCAGGCUGCGCUCAACAAAGUUGGCAUUGUGCCCCCUCGGACCAAGUCACCCACUGACGAUGACGUGACCUCCUCCAGUGUGCUGAGGAGGAGCACCAACGGGCUCCCCAACGGGCUGUCUUCCCGGCAGGAGCGCCCCAAGAGCGCCGUGUUCCCUGGUGAGGGCAAGGUCAAGAUGAGCGUGGAGGAGCAGAUUGACCGCAUGCGGCGGCACCAAAGCGGUUCCAUCAAGGAGAAGCGGAGAAGCCUGCAGCUCCCAGCCAGCCCGGCCCCUGAUCCGAGCCCCCGGCCCACCUACAAAGUGGUGCGCCGUCACCGCAGUAUCCACGAGGUGGACAUCUCCAACCUGGAGGCAGCCCUGCGGGCAGAGGAGCCUGGAGGGCAGGCCUACGAGACACCGCGGGAAGAAAUUGCCCGGCUGCGCAAGAUGGAGCUUGAGCCCCAGCACUAUGACGUGGACAUCAACAAGGAGCUUUCCACCCCAGACAAAGUCCUCAUUCCCGAGCGCUACAUUGACUUGGAACCCGAUGCGCCCCUGAGCCCUGAGGAGUUGAAAGAGAAGCAGAAGAAGGUGGAGAGGAUUAAGACUCUCAUUGCCAAGUCCAGCAUGCAGAACGUGGUGCCCAUCGGCGAGGGGGACCUUGUGGACGUGCCCCAGGACUCAGAGAGCCAGCUGCAGGAGCAGGAGAAGCGGAUUGAAAUCUCCUGUGCCCUGGCGACCGAGGCCUCCCGUCGGGGCCGCAUGCUGUCUGGUGAGAGGGGCUGGGCCUCGCUCUGCCAGGGAGAGCAGCUAGCAGGUACAGGGGAGGAGGCACGGCGCUCCAGGGGCCAGGACAGAGCACAGGCCAGGGAGAUGUUCCUCGAGGUCAAGUGGGCAUUUGUUGAGCACCAGGCACCAUGCCAGGUGGAGGGAAGGAGGGCACAGAGGAGCUAGAGCCAGGAACACCCAGAGGCCCAGAGCCACAGUGACCUCUGGGUGCUGUAGGGAGGAAUGGCCAGUGGUUGUGCGAGGGCAGGGAGCCGCUCCCCGGGCAGGUUGGGGAAAGGCCCAGAAAAAAGGCCGAAGUGAGCCUGACUGGAAAAGAUCAUGUUGUCGCCGGUUGUGGAGAGGACAGGCUGUGGAGAGGACGGGUGUUCCAGGGCAUCCUCUUGCUUCCCGCUCCUGCUGCGUGUAAAUAGAAAGAGGACAAAGGGAAGUGCUGUGGUUCAAGAAGUGGAGGGACAGUCACCACCUUGGCCACUCACCCAAACCCCUGUUCUACUAAGAAGCAAAAAAGGGUGAGCACGAGGCUCUGAUUUCACACCAGAGUGGCGGGCAGGUCCCGAGUGGACACGGGGUAACGGGGGUCAGCGUCCACUCCGCCUGGGGUACCACCCCCAAAUCGGGGAGGAAUGAAAGUGAAGCUGUGUGACAGGAGGGCUGAAGGUGGGGGAAAGACCCGGUCCCCUCAUGCGGUGGGGACCCCAGAUAUUUCCUCAGCCUCAGGACUGGAGAGGGGCUCUGCAGGCUGGCAAGGGAGAUGCCCCAUGGGGGUGCCUGGCGGAUGCUGGGUUUGCAGAGACUGGGGGUGGCGUGGGCAGAAGCAGUGCGAGUCGGGCAACCACCGAUCAGGUCGGGAGCACAGAAUGGAGCCCCCAGAGUGGGAGGGGUGGCUGCCGGUGUUGGUGAUUCGAGAUGGCUCCUGUUCUGGCUCCCUGACGCUCCAUUUCCUCAUCUGGAAAAUUCAAAUCAAAAUCCCCGUGCAGUGGGUCGGCGUGCACGCAGCCCCCACACCGCGCCUGGUGCUGGGAAGAGCCCACCCCCGCGGGCCGGCCCAGGGCGGCGCCCACGUCUUGAUGACCGAGCACUGGUUGAAACAGCAAUAGCUAGAGUAGAAAUAGGGGCCAUGUGUGGGUUCCCUAACUUCUAAAUAUGAAUAUGUUCAGAAGCCAGAGGGGUUUAGGCUGUAACAAAGGGGAUUUAAGUACGUCCUCCGCUGCCUUACUGGCAGUUAGGAUGCUCCGGACACUUGGAUGGUGGCCAAGGAAAGGCCCGCAGUUACCUCAGAGAGAGGCACGCUCGCCUGGGCAAGGGAAGGGAUGGGCUUGAGCGCCCCCGCCUGCAGCCAGAGGCAGCAGAACCAGUUUAGCUCCCAGGAGGCCUCUGUCUGACCUCCUGCCUGUAGUUUAGCUGCAAUAUGAACUUGAACCUUUCAAAGAUCAAAUUCCACAUGCUCUGGGCAAAAGGCGGCUUCCUGUUCUGAGGGUCAGAGCCUACAACACUGAGCAACUUCCCUCUGCCCCUGCCCUAGCCCCUGGCGCUCUGCACUGCAGCUCCCUGGCCAAAGGUUCCAUGGAAACAAAACCCACCCUGGCCUCUCAGAUUUCUCCCUCGAUACACACUGGCUUACAUUUCAGGGUCUGUGUGCUGUGUAAAUGGUCAACUUGCUUUGCCAAAACCCCAACUAUUUAAAAAAUGGCUGUGGCAGGGCCAGACCUCAGCCUUAGCCGACUGUCCCUGCCACCCCUGGCCAGAUUCCCAGAGUCACAGCUCCACGGGCACAGCAAGGACUGUCCAGGGCACAUGCACCGUGGGCAUGGUCCACGCCCAAGACCUGUGUGCAUGGGAGCGGGGGGCACAGGUCACCAGGUCAGGCUGGCGGGCACAGGAUGGAGAGUUAGCGCCCAAGUGUGGGCGUGUGGCCUGGGCAUUGUGGGCAGGGACCAGUGUGGACUGGACAGCUCAGGAAGGGAUGAGCGUGGUCAGGGAUGAGUGUGGGGGUGUCGAUCGACACACCUGGCAUGUACAGACUCCAGUGCGCAGGAGUGGGAAGAUGCACCUCUAGGUUUGUACAUGUGGCCUGGUGUCACGUGCAGUGUCCAUAUCAGGAAAUGUUUGUGGAGACACAUGUUCUUGUGCGUUGAGUGUGUGGUGUGGGUAGAGGGAUGUGUUUAAUAUGAGUGCGUAUACAGAGGUGUGGGGCGGGGUGCUGUGUGGAAACCCAUUGUGGUAUUUGGUGAGCUGUUAGAGUGUAGGUGUGUGUGCAUGUGAGUGUGUGAUAUUCGUGUGGAGGUAGUGUUUUACACGUGCUGGGCUUUCUCUGCUAUCUGGGGAAUAACGUCCCGUUUUUCAGUACAUGUUGCGUACAGUGUCGAUGCUGCCAUGUUUGUGACUCUAUAUCUAUGUGUGCAGAAUGGGGGAGCAUGCGGUCUCAUAAGUGUGAGUACAUGUGAUGACUGCCCGCAGAGCACAUACUUGUAACAUCACGUGUCUCCUGCACAUCCAUCGCACACAUUCAUCUGAACUAACAUAAUCGAUCUGUUCUCACCAGACAUUUAGUAUUUCUCUGUCUUCUCAAAGAGGUUAUGCUUGACAUCAUGAAUCUUUUUUGCACUUGCUCAUGUAGGAUUAUUAUAAAUACCCUGGUUUGGGGGACCUCCAGUUGAAGGAAUGCCUUUAGGGGCUUAAUCAAUACCGGUCUGUCAGAAAUGCUCCCCAGCUGUUAGUGUGUCUACUUUUCACAAAAGAUGUCCUCUCCAGUUGUGUCUUCUUAUAGCUGUCAGAGGCCCCUCAGUCUCCUCACUGUCCUGCUUCUGAUCACCCGUGGGCUAGAAGCCCAGCAAGUCAUACCUGUUAGAAUUGUGCGUAAAUCAGUGUGACUGGACUCCAAGGAGCUCUUCACGAGUCAGUUGUAAGAACGUCACUGCAUGUGUGAUGUGAAUCUAUUCAGCUUUCUGGAGAUAGUCCCUGCUUAGGGGAUGUGUCCAUCUGGGAAGUUUCAAAUGUGUGGUCAUGUGGGCGGGCACACGCCUGAGUUGUGUGCCCUGAGUGUCAAGAUAAGGCGUCGGCUUCCAGGCACCAUCUGUGGUGUGUCAUGGGCAGACACUCUGCCGUUUGUGGGGCUCCGUGUCUUUUGUGCAGAUGUGGGUGUCUGCCUGCGAGCCUUGGGAACCCCUAAACCCUUUCUCCUGCACGGAAGGCAGGAGAGGUGGUGAGGUCCCGCGUAGGAUGGGAAGCAAGAAACAGGGCGUGCAACGACAGGACGCCUCUCUCUGUGGAAACGCAGCGUGGCCUGGCUGAUGCCUGGUGCUCCUCUGAGCUGAGAGGACGUCCUGUGGCAGCCUCCUGCCCACUGCACUGAGGUGGCCAGGUCAGGAGACUGUCAUGCUGGCCCAAACAACACGACGCCCUUCUCAUUGUCCUUCCCUUUCGCUGCUCUCCACGUGGAAUUGUUACAGGGCAGCCCCGAUACAGAACAGGUCAAAGCCUGCAUGGAAUUAGCUCAGGACAUCCUUUCCCCCUAACAGAAUCAUAAUGAUAAUAGCGUAAAAUCUCAUUAAUUCGAAUGUCACCACUUUAAGUCUGGUGAUGAUUUUGUGGGGGGGUAGUUGAAAUCUGCCUUUACUGGGUUGAUGGAAGGGGAAUCUCAGUUGCUAGUGGGGAAAGAAGGUAUUUCUGAGACCCUCGAUCACAUCUGAGUUAACAGAACUCACUCUGGGCCUAGAAGCCGCCAUUUUCAUGGACCUGAUGAACUCAGUGACCUCUGCAUCCAACCCCAACAUGGGGCCUGUGACGUGGGUUAGUGUGAUUUUACGAACUAUUGGUCAUUAUCAUUAUUGAUACUGCCCUAGAGGAGGUGCUACCCCUAUCCACACCCUAGUGGAGAGGUCUGCGACUCCCGGGUUGCAGAUGGGACGGAGCCUGAGGCCCAGGGAUGCCAGGCCUCCCCCCACGGUCACCCUGGCUCUCCACAGAGCCGGGGCUCAGCCAGGCCCACUCGGCCGCUCUCCUCCAGGGCCUGGGCAAUAGGCCAGCUUCGCCUCUGCUUCGGCAAGUCCCCAGCUUAGCCGCCUCCUGCUUGCCUCCCGCCGCGCUCUGGGCGCCCGAG